AUGUCAAGAAUAAUUCCUGAGAAGAAGUUGGGUGCGGGACGCAUGGUUGCUGUGGCAAUUGAGAAUAACAAGACAAGCCAGUACGCCGCAAAAUGGGCAGUUGAUAAUCUUGUCCCCAAAGAUCAAUGUAUCCUCCUACUCCAUGUCAGACAGAGGGCAUCUUCCAUUCCCACGACAACCGGAAAUCUUGUACCCGUCGAUUCCUGCGAUGACGUGGCGAGAGCAUACAAGCAGCAAUUCGACAACGAAUCCAGGGAGCUUUUUGCCUCAUUCCGUGUUUUCUUCAACAGAAAAAAUGUACAAUGCAAAGAAGUCUUAUUGGAAGACACGGAUAUAGCUAAAGCAUUGAUAGAAUGUGUUUCCACGCAUUCAGUUGAGCUUCUGGUGCUUGGGGCACCAUCAAGAAGUGGCAUUGUGAGAAGAUUUAGGACAACCGAUGUCCCAAGCCUUGUGUCAAAAGGGGCGCCGCCAUUCUGCACUGUGUAUAUCAUUUCCAAAGGAAAAAUCUCAUCUGUACGAGCUGCUUCUGCUCCACUGCCAGCUAAACCUGCACCUCGAAACGCAGUGCAGCAACAAUCCGCCCAGAGUCCUGAUAGGCUGGAUGCAACACUCGUUCGCAGCCUAACACCACGGUCAGAGCGUUCAGCAUAUGGCACCUGCCCCCAACCGGGUGAUGAUGACAUCAAGUCGCCGUUCACAAGAGGGGGUAGAUCAAGCUACAAACCAUACGAGUCCUCAAUCCCCGACUCUGAUAUAUCAUUUGUGAGCAGUGGAAGGCCAAGCAUUGAUAGGAUGUCUAAUUCAACGUAUGAUGAUUUCGAACCUGGAAUGGCCCCUCGGCUUUCCAACAGUUCAGAUUUUGAUGGCAGAAGCUCUGAGUCAUCUUUCUCUGGGGCUAGGCAUUCUGAGGUUAACUUUUCGUUUAGCUCGCAAGACAGUGGGGGGUCAUCCUCAAGAUUGUCUCUGACGGAUGAUAUGGAAGCCGAGAUGAGAAGAUUGAAGCUCGAACUGAAACAAACGAUGGAAAUGUACAGUACAGCUUGCCAGGAAGCACUUACAGCAAGGCAGAAGGCAAUGGAACUUCAACGAUGGAAAUUCGAAGAGCAAAAGAAAUUAGAAGAGGCAAGGAUGGCUGAAGAAGCAGCAUUGGCACUUGCAGAGAGAGAGAGAGCAAGGUGUAGAGCUGCCCUUGAGGCAGCAGAAGCAUCUAAGAAAAUUGCGGAACUGGAGGCACAUAAAAGAUUGAAUGCAGAGAUGAAAGCCCUGAAAGAAUCUGAGCAGAAAAAGAAUACACUCGAUACUUUUCCACAAGGUAGAGCCAGGUACAGAAGAUACACUAUUGAGGAAAUCGAAGAAGCAACAAAUUGUUUCGCGGACGCGCUGAAGAUCGGGGAAGGAGGGUACGGACCAGUAUAUAGAUGUGAACUAGAUCUCACGCCAGUUGCAGUAAAAGUUUUAAGGCCAGAUGCAGCUCAAGGAAGGUCACAGUUUCAGCAAGAGGUUGAAGUGUUGAGUUGCAUUCGUCAUCCAAACAUGGUUCUCCUCCUUGGAGCAUGCCCAGAGUAUGGGUGCCUUGUGUAUGAGUACAUGGCUAAUGGAAGUUUGGAGGACUGCCUCUUCCAGAAACGUAACUCGCCAACUCUUCCCUGGCAGUUAAGAUUUCGAAUAGCUGCAGAGAUCACCACCGGCCUCCUUUUCCUUCAUCAGACAAAACCAGAACCACUUGUUCACCGUGAUUUAAAACCUGCCAACAUUUUGCUUGAUCGUAACUUUGUCAGCAAGAUUAGUGAUGUGGGGUUGGCCAGGCUUGUACCUCCUUCAGUUGCGGACAGUGUAACUCAGUACCGCAUGACAUCAACUGCUGGAACUUUCUGUUAUAUUGAUCCUGAGUACCAGCAAACCGGCAUGCUCGGAAUCAAAUCUGACGUAUACUCACUGGGGAUCAUGCUUCUACAAAUGAUAACAGCAAAGCCCCCGAUGGGUUUGACUCAUCAUGUCGGACGAGCAAUAGAAAACGGGACUUUCGCCGAGAUGCUUGACCCAGCUGUUGAAGACUGGCCAGUGCAGGAAACCCUACAGUUUGCCAAGCUUGCUCUGCAGUGUGCCGAAAUGAGAAGAAAAGACAGACCUGAUCUUAAAAAAGUGGUAUUGCCUCAGCUCAAUAUAUUAAGAGACUUUGCCGAAGAUAACAUGCCCAUGAUGAUCAUGUUUGGACGUAGUACAGGAUUCGCCCCACAUAGUAGCAACAGUUCCACAACCUCCACAGUUCAAGAUAUUUUGAAUGAUAACCAGUCACUUUCUGGAAUCUCCGGGUAUGAAAGCCGCUCGAGCACAUCCUCGCCAUUUGGACAACAACAGCGCAGCGGGCAGCCACUUCUAGCAACGUUUGAGGUUAGAAGAGAUGUGUACGAGCAAAACCUUAUAAGGCACUUGGAAGUUCCAAAUUUCACGGACGUGCAAGAAAGGAAACUAAGGAUUUUGAUAUUCAUGCGCGAUUCUAGUUAUUUAGCCUAA